AUGAUCGAUUGGCCCGCCCCGGAGUAUACUAUCCUCUCACAAGGUAGCGUCCGAGAAGAGACAGACUGGCGCAACGCCCAUCUAAAUCGUUGGACCAGAAUAAUCGGAGAAUUUGGGAGCCGAUGCAAUCGACGGAGGAAACCUGCUUUAGUAUCUGCAGCGCGGGAUCGACGGACGACAGAAGCUGCAGCGCGCACAGUCCAGAGCCCACAGCAGUUGAUUGCACUGUUGCAGGAGCCGGAGUUUCCCCGCGAAGGCUUCGCAUUUGUGGCAUUGUUCCUGUCCCUCGUACGGAAUACUCAAGAAGUUGCUGGAGCUCCCUGCCGUGUGGGCAUGAUUCAAAUGGUGCAGUGGUUACCGAGGCGAGAAAUCGGGACAAAGUCCGACAUCCGACUUCAAACGAGAAUAUCCGCUAUAUACACGAUUGCAUUGGCGCCUUCUGCAACGUGCACGGAGCACAGCUCGAAAUUGGGAGUCUCCCUCUCGACGUCAUAG